AUGGUUGAAGGAAUUUUCAGUAAUUAUCCAGUGAGGAAGAAACAAUUAGAAGAGCAUCCUGAUCAAUACUUGAGAUCAAUUGUAGACUUUAUAGAGGUAGAAAGCUUCAAAUUGGUUGAUAUUCAAAUUGCAUUGGUUUGUGAUGGAAUGUCAAUCUUUGAUUUGUCCAACUCGGAAAAGGAACAAGCCUUACAUCAAAGAAUAAGGAAACGAUAUGAAGAGUUGACGAGAAGGAGAAACUUAUUUCCAAUAGAAGACAUCAAGUUUGGAGAAUUGCAAGUCAGUGGCAUUGUUGAUAAGAAUGACAUAACUUCAAAGAUCAAGAUUGUAAUUGUAAACAAUAGGGUUUAUCCAAUAGAAACAUUAAUUAAGAAAGGAGAAGAGUUUGGAAGUUUUGUACUCUGUGCUUCUAUAUUGAAAGCUCCACCACAUAACUCUGAAAUGAUUAACUCUGAGCUUCGCAAUGCUCUGUUCUAUAGUAAGCUACAUAAUGAAUCAAGCACUAUUCAAAUAUACAAUGAAGAAUCAGAACAGAGAAAAGAGUUUGCACCACUAUCUUCUUCCCUUUAUGAUAAGAUGUACAAUAGAAAACCAAGUGAAAACAAAAUUAAGGGUGACCGUUUAAAUAUUAACCAACUAAUUAACAAAUCGAAAGAGAUUAAUGGCAUCAAAACCAUUCCAAAACCUCAACCCAAGUUUAUGAGCUCUCCAAAAAAGAAGAAGCUGUUGAAUAUUUCUCUUGACAAGAACCAAAUGAAACAAUUGAAAUUUAUCAAUCAAUGGGAGAAGAAGUUUAUUCUCACAUCCUUAAAGACAGAGAACAGUCUCCUACUUAUUGCUAUUGAUCAACAUGCAGCAGAUGAGAGAGUUCGCAUGGAGAUGAUUCAACAAAAUAUAUUAGAUUAUGCGCAGCAGUCUCCUGGCCCAUGGGUACAACCACUCUCGAAGCAAACACUAAACUCCACCAAGGUUGAGGGAUCGAAAACCAUAUCCUUAUUGAAACAGAACAAAGACAAAUUAUCCAAAUGGUAUUGGAAUUUUAUUAUCAUUCAUGAAGAGUCAACAAACGCAUUUUUAAAACUCAAUACUAUACCUUGUUUAUUCGUCGAGAAAGACUCUAUUGAGCUUGGUUUUGAAUCUAUGAUGUCAUUUUUAUCUGAACUGGAAUUUGAUUCAACCUGUUGGUAUCCAAAACGAGUUUUAGAACUCAUUCAAUCCAAAGCAUGCCGUGGAGCCAUUAUGUUUGGAGAUGUGCUAUCCACUGAGAAAUGUAAUCAACUGUUACAACAAUUAUCAAAUUGUCAACUGCCUUUCCAGUGUGCUCAUGGAAGACCUAGUAAGUAG